UUAUUGUUUUAUGCAUGGUAUUAGCUUAGAACUUAACCUAGAAUGGACGAUGAAAGUAAGCUAGAUUUUAUGUCUCGAACGAAAGUGUCAUUAACUCAGAAUAAAAUUUGGUGUUUAGUUACGCAAAGAGACAAUGUAUGCUUUUCGUUUAAAUUUAAAGAAGAUGCUAAAGGUCAAGACGUUAUGGACGAGGUUUGCAAUAAACUUGGAAUUGUUGAAAAAGAUUAUUUUGGUUUACAGUAUACUAAUUCUAGAGGUGAAAUACAUUGGUUAAACAUGAGAAAUCGAAUAUCUCGACAAAUAAAUAAACCUGAACCUUUUUCAUUGAUGUUUUGUGUGAAAUUUUAUGUUCAACCUCACCAGUUACUUCAAGAAUCUACAAGGUGGCAGUUUUUUCUUAAUGUUAAAGAAGAUUUGCUGGCAGGAAAAUAUCAUGAAGUCAAUUUACCUUAUUUGUAUGCUUUAUUAUCUCAAGCUGAAGCAGGUGAUUUUUGUGAAAAUCACAUCAGUUAUAACCCUUCUAGAUGCUCUCAUUGGCUACCUGAAUUUCGGUCUGAAGUUAUCAUUGAGCACUGCAAGUUACAAGGAAUGUCAAAAGAAGCAGCUCAAUUUUUUUUGUUGAAAGAAGUUGCAGAAUCUGAUGAUUAUGGUAUGGAACAUCACUAUGUUAGAUUGGAUUCUAACAAUAAACCUGUAUUUCUUGGAAUUGGAAUUGAUUGUUUAAAGCUUGACAAAGGAAAUGAUUUAAUAGAAAGGGUGCCAUUUAACUGCCUGCGAAUGGCAACUCGAUCAGGGAAAACUGUAAAAUUAGAUAUUUGUAGUUCUGACAUUGGUGAUAUUGUUAGCAUUGUAUAUCAAUUAAAUAGUAAAGAUAGUGCGCAAGCUCUUUAUCGUUCUAUAACAGAGCACCAUGCAUUUUAUAGGUGUGAUAGUAUUCGACCUGCUGUAAAGCAACAAGUUGCUAGAGACUUUUUUGACACAUUUUUAUCUUGGUUACCAAGUGAUCAUAUGACAGAACAAAAUUAUAUUUUUGACACAGAAAGAACAUGUACAGAAGCUUACGAUCAUGCACGUAGGAUACUUUACAAUUUUGGUUCUUCUGCUGCAGCCACAAUACAUGCCAAAAAUGACGAGGAUAAAACUCGAGAACUAAAUGAACUGUCUGAAGUUGAAUGUCUUAGAAGCCAAGUUAUUAGACUAACUAAUCAGGUUGAACAGUGGAAAGAGUCAUUUAAUUGCUCAGUCUGUCGUGAUCGAAUUAUAGAUGUAGUUUUAGAGUGUGGACAUACAAUUUGCUUUGACUGCAGUGAGUUAUGCAAAAACUGUCCGUUUUGUAGAAAUAAAAUAAAAAAUAAAACAAAAUUUUUUUUGGGAUUAAAUCAUAUUGUUUCCACAUCUGAAGAUAAUUUGUUAAAAGAAAAUAUAGAAUUAUCAAAUGAAAUUCAGCCUAUACAACAGUUGGUUCCAUAAAUAAUUCUGAAUUAUAGUUUUACUAAAAAGCAAACUUUUCAAUGUUAUGUCAAAGAUUUACCAUAUAUUAUUGCAUCAAACCUACAAUUUCAAGAGAAGUUUUUAACAAUGUUUUAUUAAAUUUAUUGAAAGAGCUUUAAUUUUUAAAGGUAUUAUAGAAAAUUUAAUCUUUGUUGCUGCCGGCACAGUUGUAGAGAAAGAAAAUUUCCUAACUGAUAACUUAAAAAUGAAAGCUUUAAACUAAACUUUUUAUGUAUAUAUAUUUUAUACCUGUCUGUUUUUAGUGAUAUUAUUGAUCUAUCAAUAAUUUUUUUUUUGUACAUAUCAAAAAGCAUUUUUUUAGCAACCUUGCACUGUCUCAGUUUUACAUACUUGAAUAUUUUUUUUUUAAUUUGCUUUGCAGUUUGUUAAAGUUUAAUAUUGUAGCAGUAGAAACUCAAGGGUGUUUAAAAAGGUCAUUAUCUUAAUAUUUGAUAUGUUUGAUGAUGCGUUAAAGCAUAUAUUUAUUUCCAUUAUUAGAAAUUAUCUUUUGAGUUGUUUUAGUAAUUUUUUAAAAAAAUUAUAAAAAGACUGUGUUGGUGUUUUAGGCAACACAUUAAAAGUAUUUUUCGUAAUGUGUUUUUUUUGUUUGUUUCUUCUAAUUUUUAAUUAGUUAAGUGCUGUCUAGGCUUCACUUAUAGUUUUUAAGGAUAUAUUAUUUAAAGAUCUUAUUUUUUAAAAAGGAAAAAAAAGUUUUUUAAAUUGUUAUGCUAUUAUUUUUUAAUUUAUUAUGUUAAAACUUGUAUAAAAACAAAAUGUUUAUUUGUGUGGCAGACAAAGUAUUAAUUUUCAAUUGAUCUUUAAAA